UCACGCUCUCUACGUAUUUUUUUUUACUCUCUCAUAAAGAUUGGUAAAUUGACGAGGGUUUAAAAAAGUUGAAUGUAUUAAGUGUAUAAAAAAUGUUAAUCACUAAGUACAAAGAGGAUAUUCUCGUACUAGUUUUGUCUCAUGAUUUAAUUUAUCAUCAUACGCUAAUGUUUGGAUACUCACCGAAAUAAUACAAAGUGUUGAUUCAAUCGAAUCGUGCACAUCUGUGUACACCUAUUUGAUUCUGUAACCCCUUCUUAUCGGCGAUGAAGUGUGAUCUCACAAAUAGGAGUAUAGAUAGGGGUUAUGGAAUAAUAAUAGUAUGUUCUUCAUUCUGUCUUAUUACCAUAACAGAUGGUAUCUUGUUUUCGUUUGGAAUAUUAAUGGUAGAGCUAAUAGAAGAAUUCAACAAAGAUCGUGCUACUAGUGCAAUUAUAGGGUCCAUUUUGAUAGGUUUUUGCGGUUUUAGCGGUCCUUUUGGUGGUGGUCUAUGUAAUAAAUAUGGUUAUCGCACUACCGCGAUAGUUGGAAGUUUUGUAUCGUGUACAGGUUUAUUUAUCAGUUACUUCGCCACCAGCCUAUAUUUCCUAUAUUUCUCAUACGGUUGCCUUGGAGGUGCUGGCCUAGGACUUGUUUACAUGACAGCAAAUGUAAUAAAUGUACACUACUUUUCUAAAUACAGAGGCUUAGCUUGUGGAAUAGCAUUAUGUGGAUCAGGUGUAGGAUCAUUUGCUUUUAAUCAGGUAUAUCGUAUUCUCAUACACGAAUAUGGUUGGAGAGGAACUGUUUUGAUUCAGUCGGGGAUAUGUCUUCAAUGUCUGGUAUUUGUUCUUUUUCUUCUUCCACCGACAAAGGAUGACAAAAGUGAAACUCUUGCGUCUCAAAUGACGAUAGUUUCCAUAAUAAGUGAUGGCGAAUCAGAUAAUGUUUGUAGAAAAGUGGACAACUGUGCACAUGAAAAUGAUGUGGACAGAGAAGUAGACAGUAUUGACAAUAAUCGCAUAAAUGAAAGAUCAACAAACAACUCUAGUACAGAGCAUCACAAAGAAAAAGAACGUACUAAACAAUCUUGUAUAAUGCACAAUCCGUGCCUCAAGUAUUUUUUCAAAGAAUAUUUUGACACUAAACUUCUAACCGAUAUGAGAUUUUGGAUAUUUAUCUUAUCCACUAUCAUCGUACAUCUAGCAUUUUCUGUGGUAGUACACAUGACUGCUGACAGUGCUGUAGAAUCAGGAAUGUCAAAGUUUGAAGCGUCAUGGCUCGCGUCGUCAAUUGGGAUUGCAGGAAGUUUUGGAAGAAUUGUCUUCGGUUUAUUGGCUGAUCGGGUAAACUUUAGUAUAAUAUUGAUAGUGUUUGGACUACUGGUUGCGGCAGGUAUUUGCAUAGGAAUAACAUUCCUGCUGACUUCCUUCAAUACACGCUUGAUUGGGACGGUACUAUACGGAUUUUUCAUAGGUGGUCAUGUUACAACAUGCCCUCUUGUACUUGUCGAACUGUUCUCGCCUGCAAUGAUUGAAAAGACCUUUGGUUUAUACUUUUUUGCAGUUGGACUAUCUGCGUUAGCGUUUACCCCUAUAGGAGGUCUCUUGUUUGACAAAACUGGCAAUUAUGACGUCACGUUCGUUGUAGCCGGAUCCGAGCUGAUUGUUGCUGGCCUCGUCAUACUUUUGCUGAAAGUUAUUAAAAAGAAAGGAGAAAGAUUCUUUAAGUCAUUUUUAGCGGCAAUGAAGUGUGAUCUCACAAAUAGGGGUAUAGAUAAGGGAUAUGGAGUAAUAAUAAUCUGGUCUUCAUUCUGUCUUAUUACCAUAACAGAUGGUAUCUUGUUUUCGUUUGGAAUAUUAAUGGUAGAGCUACUAGAAGAGUUCAACAAAGAUCGUGCUACUAGUGCAAUUAUAGGGUCUAUUUUGAUAGGUUUUGGCGGUUUCAGCGGUCCUUUUGGUGGUGGUCUAUGUAAUAAAUAUGGUUAUCGCACUACCGCGAUAAUUGGAAGUUUUGUAUCAUGUUCAGGUUUAUUUAUCAGUUACUUCGCUACCAGCCUAUAUUUCCUAUAUUUUUCAUAUGGUUGCCUUGGAGGUGCUGGCCUAGGACUUGUUUACAUGACAGCAAAUAUAAUAAAUGUACACUACUUUUCUAAAUACAGAGGCAUAGCUUGUGGAAUAGCAUUAUGUGGAUCAGGUGUAGGAUCAUUUGCUUUUAAUCAGGUAUAUCGUAUUCUCAUACACGAAUAUGGUUGGAGAGGAACUGUUUUGAUUCAAUCGGGGAUAUGUCUUCAAUGUCUGGUAUUUGUUCUUCUCCUUCUUCCACCGACAAAAGAUGACCAAAGUGAAAUUCUGGCGUCUCAAAUGACGAUAUUUUCCAUAAUAAGUGAUAGCGAAUCAGAUAAUGUACGAAGCAUAGACGACAACUGUGCGCAUAGAAAUGAUGUGGACAGAGUAGUAGACUGUAUUGACAAUAAUCGCAUAAAUGAAAGAUCAACAAACCACUCUGGUACAGCGCAUCACAAGAAAAAAGAACGUACUAAACAAUCUUGUAUCAUACGCAAUCCGUGCCUUAAGUAUUUAUUCAAAGACUAUUUUGACACUAAACUUCUAACCGAUAUGAGGUUUUGGAUAUUUAUUUUAUCUACUAUCAUCGUACAUCUAGCAUUUUCUGUGGUAGUACACAUGACCGCCGAUAGUGCUGUCGAAUCAGGAAUGUCAAAGUUUGAAGCGUCAUGGCUCGCGUCGUCAAUUGGGAUUGCAGGAAGUUUUGGAAGAAUUGUCUUCGGUUUAUUGGCUGAUCGGGUAAACUUUAGUAUAAUAUUGAUGGUGUUUGGACUACUGGUUGCGGCAGGUAUUUCCAUAGUAAUAACAUUCCUGCUGACUUCCUUCAAUACACGUUUGAUUGGGACGGUACUAUAUGGAUUUUUCAUAGGUGGUUAUAUUACAACAUGCCCUCUUGUGCUUGCCGAACUGUUCUCGCCUGCAAUGAUUGCAAAGACCUUUGGUUUAUACUUUUUUGCAGUUGGACUAUCUGCGUUAGCGUUUACCCCUAUAGGAGGUCUUUUGUUUGACAAAACAGGCAAUUAUGACGUCACGUUCGUUGUAGCCGGAUCCGAGCUGUUUGUUGCUGGCCUCGUCAUACUUUUGCUGAAAGUUAUUAAAAAGAAAGGAGAAAAUUCAUCCUGA